UAUAUCAUCACUGUGGCUAGCUAGCCCGCGCCCAGCCCCAGCGGAUUGCCCGCCCGGUCCCCCGGAACAUGGAGAGCCACCAGAGCGGCGUCCCGCUCAUCGUCCCGGAGCUGCCGGAGAAGAAGAGGGGCGGAGGGCUGCCCCAGCAGGUGUGGGAGGAGUCCAAGAAGCUGUGGGAGGUCGUCGGCCCGGCCAUGUUCAUGCGCCUGACGCUCUACAGCAUGAACGUGAUCAGCCAGGCCUUCGCCGGCCACCUCGGCGACCGCGAGCUCGCGGCCUUCUCCAUCGCCACCACCGUCAUCUCCGGACUCAACUUCGGCUUCUUGUUUGGCAUGGCAAGUGCACUUGAGACGUUGUGCGGCCAAGCCUAUGGUGCGAAGCAGUACCACAUGCUCGGCAUCUACAUGCAGCGUUCGUGGCUCAUCCUCCUGGGCUUCGCCGUGCUCCUUGCUCCGACAUACAUCUUCAGCGCGCAGCUGCUCGUCGCGCUGGGUCAGCCCGCCGACCUGUCGCGUGAGGCGGGCCUGGCCAGCAUGUACAUGCUCCCGCUGCACUUCACCUCCGCCAUCCUCCUGCCGGUGAACAAGUUCCUGCAGUCCCAGCUCAAGAACUGGGUCACGGCGGCGACCACGGCCGUGGGGUUCCCGGUGCACGUCGCGGCGACCUGGCUGCUGGUGCGGUACCUCCAGCUCGGGGUCGUGGGUGCCGCCAUGGCGAUCAGCGUUUCCUGGUCUCUCAUCACGGGCCUGCAGCUCGCGUACGUCGUCGGCGGUGGGUGCCCGGAGACGUGGAGGGGGUUCUCCGCGUUGGCGUUCGUGGACCUCAAGGACUUCGUCAAGUUGUCCGCGGCUUCCGGUGUCAUGCUGUGCUUGGAGAACUGGUACUACCGGGUAUUGAUUUUCCUCACAGGGUACAUGAAGAACGCCGAAUUAGCUGUGGAUGCACUGUCUAUCUGCAUGAGUUUGGCUGGAUGGGAGCUGAUGAUUCACCUGGGAUUCUUAGCAGGCACGGGGGUGAGGGUAGCCAAUGAGCUCGGUGCAUCCAAUGGAAAAGGUGCAAGAUUUGCGACAAUCGUAUCGACAGCGACAUCCUUUAUAAUCAGCCUCUUCAUUAGUUUACUCGCACUGAUUCUCCAUGACAAGCUCGCGAUAAUGUUCACCGCAAGCGAGGCUGUGAUCAAAGCAGUGGACAGCAUUUCCGUCCUGCUGGCCCUCACCAUCCUCCUCAAUGGAAUCCAACCUGUGCUCUCUGGAGUUGCUGUUGGUUCAGGGUGGCAAGCACUGGUUGCCUAUGUGAACAUCGGGAGCUACUACUUGAUCGGUGUCCCUUUCGGGCUUCUACUAGCUUGGGGUUUCCACUAUGGGGUCCUUGGAAUUUGGGUUGGAAUGAUCGGUGGCACGGCGGUGCAAACUCUAAUCCUUGCAUACAUCACCCUACGGUGCGACUGGAAUGCAGAGGCACUGAAAGCUAGUAGCCGGAUGCAGAUAUGGAGCAGCUCCAAGUGAACCUGAUCGGCCUCUAUGAAUCUCAGGGAAACGCCGUAAAGAACUAAGACCCUUCAGAUCAUUUCAGAGUUGUCCCAGCGCCUAGAUUAUCAUCAACAGCUUUACCGGAUCAUUUGUUAGUCCUCCUGGUACAUCAUAUGUUAUGCUACUUAGUUUAUACAUGCCGGUACAACUGUUGAUGAUAAUGAUGGUGUUAUGCUUCUUAGCUUCUAAAUUGUGGUACAGCUGUUGAUGUACAUGAUGAUUAUGUUCGAACGUGAAUGUUCUCUCUUUUCUACGACCCGUGGAAAUAUUAUCUGA